CGCGAUUCCUUCUUCUGAUUCGCCAUGUAUUUAUUUACAAGUUCUGCCCGGAAAACAUGGUUCUCUGCGAAGUGUACCGUGACGUGAACGGGAGCGGAUCAGAUGCUAUCCGGAGAAGGGGAAGACGUAGUCAUCAGCAGUAAUCACUUUUUGCCACUAAGGAAGGGAGGGAAUUAUGGAUUUGUCGGAUGAGCGUGUUGUUUAAUCAUAUUCACCCAUAAUCCGUCAUGCAAUUGAGAAUUGCAGCUUCCGGAUAGAAGUUUC